AUGGUUCUGAGUGAAGAUCUUGAAUGCACUGUGUGUUACGCGCCAUACUCCAGGAGCGAACGCAUCCCACGGGUUCUUUUCUGCAGACAUACCUUCUGUGCUCCAUGUCUGGAGGCCAUGGCCCUGGAGGUCAGCAGUUAUAAAACCGUACGCUGCCCGCUGUGCCGGCAGAUGACCUGCCUGAACCGUGGAGUAGCUAUACAGGAGGGACUGUGGGUCAACAGUCAAGUAUGGGACAAUAUCCCAGAGACCGAGGAGAAGGAUGAGAUAGAGGAGGAGAGAACAAGUGCUAGAACACAGAUACGGCGACCAAAACUGACAUUAUGUUCUACCUCAAAGAAUAACAGACCUAAACUCCGACUCCCAUCCUUUCUGAGGAAACUGACAUCGACAAGACACCCACAAGAGAGGAUAGUGCCUGGCUGCAAUGUAGAGAUGAGGUCAUGGCGUCGGCUCUCAGUUGAAGAGACUUUUUGA